AGAAAGCUCAAAACUCAGCGAAAAAAAUUAUCAGAAAACAAGUCAAAGUCUGGCAAAAAAAAUACCAAAGAACAGUUCCACAAACCUAGCGAAAAAACCAAUAAAAAUUUAUUAGAAGCUGAAAUAGGCUUAGAAAAUUUAACAGAGAACAGCUUCAAACUCAAGAACAGCUUUGAAAUUUCUAAGAAACCUACCAGAAAACAGCUCCAAACCAGUGAAAAAAUUACUGGAGAAAGCUCCAAACCUGGCAAAAAAAAAUUACCAGAGAAUAGCUCAAAGUUCGGUGAAGAGAUUACCAGAAAACAGCUCAAAUUCUGGCAAAGAAAUUUAUCAGAAAACAAAAGCUCAAAAAUUUCUAAGAAAUCUACCAAAAAACAGCUCCUUACCUACGAAGAAAUUAUCAGAAAACAACUUCAAACCUGGCAAAGAAAAUUAUCAGAGAACAGCUCCAAGCCUGAUGAAAAAACUAAUGAAAAUUUAUUAGAAACUGAAGCUGAAUCAGAAAACUUACCAGAAAACAGCUUCAAAACGUCCAAAGAAAGCUGCUGGAGAACAACUUCAAGACAUCGAAGAGAACUACCAGAGAACAUGAAAUUCAGAAGAAAGCUCUUUGACGUUUUGAAACCUCUUUUUGAUAGAAAUACAGGAAAACUACCAGAGAACAGCUCCAAAAUGUUGAAGAGAUUUCUAAGAACACCUAAAAAACAAAGCAAAAAAGAUAAACUGAUUUAA